AUGAAAGGAAAGACAGCCGUCAUAUCUGGCUCUUCGGCCGGGAUCGGCGCCGCCAUCGCCGAGGAACUUUCGAUGCGCGGCGCAAACAUAGUGUUGAAUUAUCCCUUUCCACACCUGCAGGCCGAAUGUGAGCAGGUCGGAGCAAAGUUACAAACCCCCUGGAUAGCUGUAUGCGCCGACAUGUCAACUGUCUCGGGCCCUGCGGCCCUAGUCUCCGCCGCCGUGGCUCGCUUCAAGCAAAUCGAUAUUCUGGUCAGCAAUGCUGGUAUGGUACCUCUCGGGCCUCUCGGGGAGGCCGAGGCCGACACUUGGGAUCAGGCACUCAAUCUCAACUCCAGAGGCGCGUUCCUCCUCGUCAAAGCCGCGCUGUCGCAUUUGACGCCCUUCGAGCCUCUUGCAAAGCCGAGAUCAGCAACACCGGCCGAUUCACCUAAAAGAGGCGGAUCCCGAAUCAUCAUCGUAUCAUCAGUCGCUUCCCGCAUGCCUGAGGUGAACCAGAGCAUAUAUGCAGCGAGUAAGGGAACGCUGGAUGCAAUGAUCAGGGUAUGGGCUAAAGAGUUGCCUCCCAUGUACGGAUGCACCGUUAAUGCGGUUGCGCCGGGGCCAAUCAGCACACAGACAUUCUUCAAGAACAUCAGCUCUCACUUCGAUAUGGUCAAGCAGGAAAUGGAUCUUAGAACGCCUGUUGAAGGUGCUUUCGGUGACGUGGAGGAUGUCGCAUGGACCGUUGCAUUUCUUGCCGAGGAAAGAUCUCGAUGGAUUAAUGGAGAAUACCUCCUUCUCACUGGAGGUUGUUAUAUCAACUGA